GGAAGUACUCGAAGGCGAAGUCUCUUGAGUUGUGAGUUUCUUCCGGUGAGUCGCUUUAAAUGCUGGUUGUUGCCGUUUGCCGUUUGAUGGUGGGGAGAGUGGGCUCGCAUCGAAGUGGUCACGAUUAUGUCUAUCAGGCUUACCGAGCAAAGUGAGACAUGGCUGAAAUAUUUGCUGUCAACGCCGGUUUGCCCUCGCCAUCCACUAUAAACGUCACCUUUCCGAUCCAGGAGGACGCCAGCGCCGCUGCUGCUGCCGCCCCUCCAUCCUCUCUGAGCAGUGAGGAUUACCUAUUUGUGGAGCCCAGGCACUCCAACACUGUCCUGCAGGGCCUCAACAGCCUGCGGCUCAACAACGCCUUCUGUGAUGUGACCCUGUGCUGUGGAGGACAGGAGUUCCCCUGCCAUCGCAUUGUGCUGGCCUCCUUUAGCUCUUACUUCCAGGCAAUGUUUUCCACUGACCUGAUAGAGUCCAAACAGGAGCGUGUUGCCAUCAAUGGAGUUGAGCCUCAGAUGAUUGGCAUGUUGGUGAGCUAUGCUUACACCUCAGAGGUCUACAUUUCUAAAGCAAAUGUGCAGGCCCUGCUGGCAGCUGCCAAUCUGCUGGACGUGAUGGCUGUUCGAGAGGCCUGUUGUCAUUUCAUGGAGCGUCAGAUGGAUGAGAUGAACUGUGUGGGGAUUCACUGCUUUGCUGAGGCCCAUUCUUGUAAGGUGCUGGAGAAACGCAGCAUGGACUACAUUCACGAGCACUUCAGCAGUGUUUCUCAGCAGGAGGAGUUCCUGUCUCUGUGUGUGGACAAACUGACAGAAAUCAUUGCCAGUGAUUUUCUCAAUGUGCCUAAAGAGGAGAUGGUGUUUGAAGCCGCCAUAUCGUGGUUGAAUAAAUGUACGUCUCGCAAACAGAGCUUUGAAAAGGUCCUUGAACAUAUCCGGCUGCCUCUCAUCAGCCCCUACUACCUCCACGAUGUGAUCGAGUCUCUGGAUGUGGUGAAGGAGAACCAGGGUUGCCAGAAGCUCAUCUCUGAGGCCAAGGACUACCUGCUGCUAAAGGACCGCCGUGGAGAGCUCUACUGCUCCAGAUCCAGGCCACGCAGGUCCACCGAGACAGCUGAAGUGAUAGUGACAGUCGGCGGGGAGGAUGAUAAGGUUGUUCUGCGCAGCGUCGAGAGCUUCGAUCCUGUGACGAAUCAAUGGAAGAAUCUGGCCUGCCUGCCCUUCGCUGUGAGCAAACACGGGCUGGUCCUGUCAGACUCCACUCUGUAUUUGGCAGGAGGAGAGUUUCCUGAUGGCUCAGCCAGCAGAGAGAUGUGGCGCUACGACCCCUGCUUUGACUCCUGGAUGGAGAUGGCUCCCAUGAAUGUAGCUCGCUCUGAGUUAGGCCUGGUGAUGCUGGACGGCUUUGUGUAUGCAGUGGGAGGGUGGGAGGGACGCUCUCGCCUGGACUCGGUGGAGUGCUACAACCCUCACACCAACUCCUGGCAAUUCACAGAAUCUGUGAAGAUGGCCGUCACAAGUCCUGCUGUGGUGGCCCUGGACGGACUCCUCUAUGUUACUGGUGGUGCAAUUCUAGAGGAUGGCGACGGCACAGACCUUGCUCAAGUGUACAACCCUAAAACCUCUGUAUGGACAGAGGUUGCCCCCAUGCAGAUCGCUCGGUCUGGUUCAGCUGCUUGCACACUCAAAGGAAAGAUUUAUGUUAUAGGUGGGUGGCAUGCCUCGACAGAGAACACCGAUAAGGUGGAGUGUUACAAUCCCAAAACCAAUCAGUGGACCAUGUGCGCCCCCAUGAAAGAACGUCGCUACCGGCCUGGUGCUGCUGUUGUGGAUGGAAAGAUCUACGUCCUGGGAGGAGAAGAAGGCUGGGACAGAUAUCACGACACAAUCGAGAGGUACUGUGACGAGAAGGACAUGUGGGAGAUCAUUGGGGAGAUGACCACCAGUCGCAGCUGGCUCAGCUGUGUGUCUCUCCAGCUGAGGAAGGACCUCCACAUAAGCAGCUUUCCCGGGACGCCAAAUGACAACUGAUCUGUCUGAGGAAAUCUUAUGUGGUUAUUCUUUGCACCCUCAUUAGGGGACAGUGCCCUACAAAGCUCAGAGCUGUGGAGGACAGCGAACUGAGAAGGGAUGCCUGGAUUUGGCAGAGCGCUGUUUGAGCUGUUACAGGCGGCAAAAGGUAGUCGUUUUUUAAACGGUGACUGCUUGUGGAAUAAGUCUCACUUGGGUCCUGUCUUUAGGCGUGGCGACAAAGGAAACAUCGUACAUGAAUCUCAAGUUACUGAUUGACGACUCAGUCAGCAGUCAUAACUCCCCCCUGUAUGAUGUACGUUUAGGGUACUGUUAUUGUCCGAGCACCUCAACUCUGAAGGUUUUCUCAGCCAACAAAGUGUACUUUUGCAUUAUGUGGCGUAUUUAAUGGAGUGUGACUAGCUGUGAGAAAAAAAUGGUAAACAUUUCGCUCUAUCAAAAGAUGCUCUAUGGGCCAAAGAAUCUACUUGUGAAUAUUUUCGAAGGUCACCUGUGAAAAAGUUGUCUAUACGUGAGCAGUGUUUUUGUAAUCUUUGUAAGUUCUGAAUGAUUGUCUUUACCACUUGUAAUAUGUUGAGUAUAUUUUUGUAAUGUAAUGUGCAAAAUGCAUUUUAGUGACUUUAAAUGGAGUGGGUUCUAAUAAAGAUUUUUAAUUAUU